AUGUUUAAAAUGCAGUCGUUAUUGUUAUUUUUACUUUUGGCUUCGCGAGCCUUUUGCGAUACACCCGGUGGGCAAGACGUUCCCUCCGAUAGACACUCAACUACCGCCAUGCAUACUCCACGACGUACGUCCUCCAUUAUAUCAAGAGAAUGCGCUCGCAUCUACGGAAGCGGAUUGCGUGUUUGUAGCGCUGUGCACGUCAACGCUGAUGCGCCCAGGAGCAGUAGAUGCAGUGAAAUAUCGUGCAAGUCGGAAUGCUGCAAAGCCGCCAGCAUUUGUCAAAACUCUAGCUUCCUGUCAUUGACAACAGAAGAAUGUAUUAGUUCACGUCUGAAACGAGAUAUGAAAGAAUGUUGUGUGGUUGGCGAAUCUAAAGGUGCAACCAUGGUUUAUGCCGGAGGCGCUGUAGGCGCCAUGAUUAUUAUAAGUGGACUCUACUUUAUCGUCUCAAUGGGAUCAACGAAAGUGAUAAAGGGUGAGAAACCACCGGAGGACGAUUCGGAGGACAGCGAUAAAUUAUACGAGGCUAAGAUGCCGCACAUGGAAGUAAACCAGCUGAUCGCCACGGACGGUGACGACGUUUUCUGGGAAGACUGA